CACUGCCUCGCUCGAGCAACUUACACCACAUUGCUCGAGUUAUUUCAUCCACGUUUCAGUUACUUUUUUUGUUGCACUCUAUUUCACUACUCAUAAAUAAACAUUUUCGUCUUUUGCAUCCAAUGCAAAUGGACACCGGACAACUUUUUUUUCACUUCCUCUCGUGAUCACGUGGACUUUGGAGAUUUAUUAUUCUGUUUAUUUAUAAUGUGUUGUUAUUUACUUACAAUACUUUGAUGUGCAAAUAUCAACAAAUUAAAACAAACAUCAGCGGAAUGUUGAAUUCAAUUAAAUUAACAUACUGGAAUUCCAAUGAGAGCAGUAAAAUCCAUUGAGCAAGAUUAAAGUUCUAGUCUGAUAUUCUCUACCUUCCUCCCCAAUCGUCUGGUCGUAAACCUGAAACGAUUAUCGCUAACGUACGAGUAGAGAAGAAGUGAAGAGGAAGCACGUACUUGUACAUAUAUAUAUACAUACCAACAGACUGAUUCUAUAUACAUACAGAUAUAUAACAAAAUGAAAAGAGGAAGGAAUAGAAGUGGUGGAGAAGAAGGAGGACGAAAAUUGUCUUAAACGAGCUGAGAAACGUCCUACAUCUUCUAGCAACUAGACGGAUUAUAAAGUCUUUCUACACCUGUAUCACCUGCCAAGAAGCCAACAUCACUAAAGACAUCUCGUACUUCGAGAUAAUAACUUACAGAGACCGUGACUUGCAUCCAAGAAUGCUACGAAGAAGAAAAGGAGACAUUUGUUCGUGAUGUCUUGCUACAACUGCUGUGGUUGCUGCUACGAGCAAGAAGACGAUAUAAUCAACCAAUCAGGCAUUACAAGUGGGUACAAUCGUACAAGUGGAAGUAGCAGUUAUAUUUACAGUGGUAACAACCAAAGUGGAGGCAAAGGUCUUGGAAUUGCAUCAGGGAUUUCAGCAUUCUUAUCUCUCGUCAUCGUUUCCGUGGCCAUUGGAACAGGCGAGUGGCUUUUCACCGAAGAAAGGCUACCAAAAGGCUUCUCUGUGAACGCCUCUGCAGAGCCGGACAGUAAGGUGACUUACAGUGGACUUUGGAGGGUGUGCGUCGCCACAAGAUCUCAUAUGCAGUACGAGUGCUCAAGUAUCGACUAUUUUCCUAACGAGGAAUACAGUCCCGAUCCUAGUGACUCUACAAUGGCUAUACCAUAUGCUGUCACAAAGUCAGCCAUGUUCUUCUUCGUCGCAACGUUGCUACUAGUAGUUGCAGAAGUUUGUUACUUUGCUGCCCACGUAUCUCGUCCUCGACACCAGCUGUGCGUUUUCGUCGCCGGCGUGGUCUUCACUGUCUGCGGUCUGCUGAUGCUAGUAGGAAUGAUUAUGUAUAUAUCGGUAUUCAAGUCAGAAGUAGGAAGCAAACUGAGAUCCAGGUCUUCCUUUCAGGGUCCACCAUUUACCUACAGAUAUGGCUUCUCCUUUCUAUUAUAUGUCAGCGGAUUUAUCACAACUGAGGUAGCCGGUACUUCCGCGAUAUUUCUCUACAUAUCUUGGCAUCAGAGAGACAUCGGAAGACGUGACAUCAGACGAAAGAACUGUGAGGAUGUAUAUCACCUGGGUAAUCACGUCCACCAGUCAAACUUUCAUCAAAGUCAUCCUCCAGGUACUUUCCUCUGUGAGAGACAUCAGAAGCGAUACUUUUUCAGCAGAGAUUCAGUAGAUCAAGUGGAUUUCGACGAAUUUUUUCCACCACCACCAAGUCUCGAUUACCACGAGUUCCCAAGACAAUUUCCGCGUGACCUCACCACACAGACGAUUAGCACAACUGCCGAUGUACUAAAUGAUGAGUGUGGUUCAAAUAUUCAACAUGAGUUUGUCACCUUCGAUAUGGAAACACCAUUUCCACCAGCACCACCAGUUCGAGGUAGUGAAUGGCCACUUGAACCCUUUAGACGUACUACUCCAGUCUGAUAUAGCGUCAGAUACGCGAAGCUGGUGGAAAAUCCUGCAAGCGAUUCAAGUGACGAGGAUUCUGGAGAUGAUGAAGGCAAAGUAGAAAAGAAAAAGAGGAAGAAAAAAAUAAGGAAAGUCAAAGUUGAAGUACUGCCGUGUCACAAAGAAGAUGAGACUCACUUAAUUGUCUCCUCUUAAGUUUCUUUUGGAACUUGUUAGUUUCGAUAAUUACUGCCAAUGAAAAAAAAAAUUUAAUAUAAAUAAUAAAUAUCAUAACCAAUCCUAAAGACAUUGAUCAAAAGUAUGAUCAAGAUACCUAUUAAU